UAUCUCUUUGUCUGCCCUUCUUCAUUUGCUCUAGUUCUUUAGAUGCUUUAAGAUCUCUCUCCCUCUUGUUUUUCUCUUUUGUAAACAAAAAAAAAUGAAUUUCCCUGAAAACCCUAACCCUAAUUUCACCUUCUUAUCCGAUGAUAAUUUUAUUAGUCCUUUUAUGGAUAAUUUCGAUUUCUCCAGUUUGAUGUUUGAAGUUGAUGAAGGAGGUAACACUGGAUUAGUCCAGGAGGAAACUUCACCUCCGACAAGCAUCGUUUCGUCGGAGACACUUACCGGUGAAAGCAGUGGAUCGGGCAGAGCAAUAACGACGUUGAGUAAAAAGGAAUCAACUUUUGAUUGCAAAAAUAGGGGAAGUAAAGAUGGUGAGAAAGAUCCGGGUCAUCGGGUUGCAUUUAGAACGAGAUCAAAGAUUGAUGUGAUGGAUGAUGGUUAUAAAUGGAGGAAGUAUGGGAAGAAAUCUGUCAAGAACAACACUAACAAGAGGAAUUACUACAAAUGUUCAAGUGAAGGGUGCACAGUGAAGAAGCGAGUACAAAGAGAUGGUAAAGAUGCAGCGUACGUGAUUACAACCUAUGAAGGAGUCCAUAACCAUGAGAUCCCCUCACAUGUCUAUUACAAUGACAUGGUUUCGUCUAAUUACGAUCAUGAUAAUAAUUGGAACCAACACUCUCUUCUUCAAUCUAUCCAUAUAUCUCCUCCAUCUUGA